AUGACGACUGGUAGCGGUUCAAAAGUUAUUCCGAUUUCCCCCGUUGUACCGAUAAUAAGCACAAAAUCAAGAACAUUUUUAUCAGCUACGACAAUAUCUUCAUCACCAACAGCAACACUCACAUCACAAUUAGCAGAUACUGAAGCAGCAUAUUUCCGGCAACUUCGAAAUGUCACCGGAAAAACUCAAUUUGAUUUCAAGCGACUUGCGUCGCUAUUGCAACAAAUGAUUGAUAGGCGGAAAGCAAAGAAAAGCAAUAUUACGAAGGAAAACGAAAUGAAACAAAAUGUUAGAAUCAAGAACGAUUCAUUACCGGGAGAAACAAUUCGAUCAUCGUUUCAACAAAAUACAUUCAGUGUAUCGGAUUUGAAACCAAUGAGAUUCUUUAUAAUCGUAAGUUUGGAAAUAAAAGAUGCAACAGUGUUGUAUGAAAAUGGCAAUCCAUCUGGAGGAAAUCAAGCAUUGAAAAGAAGUAAUCGACACCCUCACGAAAUAUUGGCAUCAAUUCUCAUUACCAAGCGCGAAAAAGAGAACAACGUUACGAUACUACCAGAAACAGCAUUACCGACAUCUAAAGCGCAUACAAAUGAGAAUCCGACGAUUUAUAUCAUCAGAGAAGGUUCAUUUGUACAUAACAAUGAAAAUGAUUACGAAUUUGUGUCCUCAAUUACACUUAUAAUUGAUGAUGGAGAAAAGAUUCUAGUGGACACUGGGCUCUCAACCGAUAUCAACGGGCGUACUUGGAUAUUGCAAAGACUAAGUGAGCUUGGUGCUCCACCGCCUUCAAUCAGUCAUGUAAUCACAACUCAUGGCCAUCCUGAUCAUUCUGGCAACACUAACCAUUUCCCAGAUGCAUUUCAUUAUGUCGGGAGAUUUAUGCACGCCGGGACGCACUCCUACUUUUCAAGAAUUCUUAAGGGUGAUACUGAAAAAUUGACGAAAAAUGUUUAUUUGCUAAAAACACCAGGUCAUACAUCUGACGACAUCUCUGUUCUCAUUAACAAUACCAGCUUUUUUGGUACUGUCAUUGUUUCCGGUGACAUAUUUAUACGAAAAGAAGACAUGAAAAAUUCGAUGAUAUGGAAACAGUUAGCAGCUAACGAAAUACAACAGGAAGAAUCAAGAAAGCGAUUACUGUGCUUAGCCGAUUGCAUUAUUCCUGGACAUGGACCACUAUUUCGUGUAACGAGUAACAUGAAACGAGGGCUGAACUGCCCCGGUAGAUAUUGAGAAGAGCCAUCAGCAAUCGAUAAUCACGUAUAAGUAAUAUGUACAGUAAGGUAUUUG